GGUCAGCUAGACGGAGGGGGAUGAAACUCGAGUGGACGUGUCCUGGCCUGGCGAGGGGUAGACGGAGGGGCGGCAAAACCGACCGCGCGCAUCUGACCGCGACGACGACAGUCAUUCGUACAAUUUUUUGCCCAAACGCGACACGUGGAGCCAGCUGCAUUCGGCCGCGUUGCAUACGGCGAUAGACGUUUUUGCCAUUGCCUGGUAAGACACUGUUGCUUAAAUAGCUUUCUUUAUAGUAUGAAUGGUAGAAAGAUCAAUGUUCCCUUAUUUAGCACGCCUCUGUCAGAUUUUAGCUCCCAAAUCAUCCGGACCGCGUAGAAGCCCUGUCCCCCAAUCCCUCAUUAAAAUGUGCUUAGGUGGAAUAAGACUAGCUGUUGAGAAAAUCUUGCGAAAAUCGGCUUGGACAAAGUGGUCCACCUGGUCACUCAGGACGGGGGAACAGCGUGAGGUGGUGGGGCAAAGACAAGACGGUAAGACACGGGAUUAAGAACUCGCCCUCCCCCCUUAUAAGGCAGGUGACCUUGGGCUAAAUUUCAGAGAGUUUGCCCGUUUCCGUGUCCCGGCCCUAGCAAUAAUCAAACCCUAAUCCAAACCCUGGAAUUUUGCGCAAAACCGCCUAUAUUGCGUGGAGGUUUCUAUUCCCAUAUCCUACCGGCAAGACUAAUUAGGAUGGCCGUAUUUCUGGCUUGGGUGCGACUGUCAGCCAGCCAUACCCCUGACUGGCAUGGCUGCGAUAAGUGAUAGACAGAGCACUACAGAAAUCGACAACUUGAUCCCGGCGCACUGUCAAACGCUCUCUGGCUCUGUCUGCUCCCCCAUGUGCCACGAUCUUUCCUUAUAAUGUGUUCUGGUUACCAUACUUACUGAGUAUUUAUCGUUUCUCUACUUGGGUUGAAAUCUUUAAUACACUGAAAACUGCUUAGAUUCCUGUCGAGUACAUGCAAACCGCUGGAAUUAGAUGAUAGGCCUAACUGACUGCAACACCAGAGAGUCGUUCAACCUACACUGUAUCCAUUUUUCGAUCGGCCAGAAGCCGAUCCCCGGAUUCCGACUCUCGCUUGCACGAAUAAGACAAUUUGAAACAGAGCAAAUCCGUGGAGUUAAUCAGGGCAACGGACAAAUAUGCAAAUAUAGCAGUUAGGGUCGUGGUAUAAAAACGCCGUCUCCUCCAGUAACCAAGGGCCCUACUGAAUGAAGGUUGCGAUUCUUUAGGUGACAGCCGAUUCUAAGACGCAGGCCUUAAGGAGGGACGAUUAUAGAGAAACAGUAUUUUUUGUCCACUCGGAAGAAGAGCUCGGUUUUUAUUAGGAGGAAUUCGAUUGAGUGUGCGCUUCGUAGAGUGUAGUAGUUGCGUGUCAUACGCCUAGUCUCUAUGGGCAAAGCGACGGUGGUGCAUGCUUGGUUACAGAUUUGCACUAGUGGGAAUGAUGUUAAGCGUAAAGAGGCUCCUUCCAACCAGAAAACAUGACCACCCGGUACCCAGUAUUACGUUGUUUCGUCAACUCACUGAGGUUUGAUGGUUAGGAACUCCUUACAUUACUACAGACAACGAGAGAUAAAUAUACUGUCCGUUCACACUGAGACGGGAUUUGACCUCGACCCCUUGACUUCGCCUCGGAUGUUUUGCACACCAACAAAACACCGCCUAGUCUCUAUGGCCAAAGCGACGGUGGUGCAUGCUUGGUUACAGAUUUGCACUAGUGGGAAUGAUGUUUAGCGUAAAGAGGCUCCUUCCAACCAUAAAACAUGACCACCCGGGACCCAGUAUUACGUUGUUUCGUCAACUCACUGAGGUUUGAUGGUUUGGAACUCCUUGCAUUACUACAGACAACGAGAGAUAAAUAUAUUGUCCGUUCCGAAAACGUUCACACUGAGACGGGAUUUGACCUCGACCCUUUGACUUCGCCUCGGAUGUUUUGCACAACGGCUACCGAGGGCAGGCCGACCGACUUCGCAAAUAUUCCAUAUUCCUUCUUAUAACUCGUCACGCCGCCCGUCGACUGUUCUGGUGGGAAAAGAGAUCGGAACACGAAGAAAUUGUGAAGAUAGUUCACUACAUACAAUGCUGGUAACAUUUACGCAAAAUCUUCUGUUUGUGUUUAAUAAGGAGGGCUUUUAAUUCAUCGUCACCUCUCAAAUGGGAUACGAAACGCAGGGCCUCAUAGUUAUGAGGUACGUUUUUGAGCGAAAAUUAUAAACUGAAUUAUCGCAAACCAAAAUACUGGCCAUCUGCUGCCAUUGGCAUGACCAAAUUGAGUCCAUCUGACACCGAAGGCGCUCCUUACUGUUUUUUUUUUCUCAUAACUAAUAAUAGUACUUUCCUCAGACUUGCUUCUAUUUAAUUCAUGUUCUCGGAAAGUACUACUAAGCAACUUAUCAGUCUUUGUAACGAGAAUGUUGGGACCGUAAUAGCUCUUGUUAAAGUGUAAUUAUUUGGAAAUGCCUUACAGGAAUUUUGUGCACUUUAUUUACCGUUUCGUAGGUCAGAUCAGAUGGCACUUCUGCCUUUCUUGUCGAUUUUCGAAAAGGAACGCCCCAGUCCUUCCUCCCUAACACAUCCCCUGGACUUCCUGACAAUGCACGCAGCCGCAAACAUCAGCAACAACAGUUCUAUUUACAUGAAUCAUUCGACAAACAGUACGGGUGUCUGUCACCCAUCGAGCUCCCUCUCCACUGGGGGAAGCUUGACAGCUCCCAGACACGAUGGUUCGAUGAAACCUGACUUUGUUCCCUUGGAAGUGAACGACAACUCUUGGGGAGAUCGGUCGCUCCUUGCGGAUCGUGCUCGAGAUCAGGUUCUGAAAGUCUAUUGUCUGUUAGCCAGCAUGUUCUCCAGACGAGGACUCAGCCCCUCACACACAGGGCCACAAGGUCCCAGCAUAUCGGCACCCCUUGACACAAGCACAAAGAUGCCACAGAACCCCACAAGAAGACAAGCGAGGCCUCCCCUGUCUGAUCUAUCAGAGCUGCGUCUGUUGUCUCAGCUCAAUCCACAAGAACCCAGUCCCAUCCAUUAUCGGAGAGACCUGCAGACUACAGCGACGGGAUUCCCUUCCUUCCUCUCGUCACUUACACGAUUUUCAUCGGGAGUUCCACAAAAACCCCCUCCUUCUCCACCUGUAUUGCAGCCCCCACCGCCGCUGUCAACAUCCCUGCUCUUUCCACCUUGUCUCAAGGAGCUCCACCCGGUAAAGGAGGACCCCAUGGUGACGGGGGAUAUUUACGCAGGCAAACAGUGGCGUCCGGAUGUGAUGUCUUCUAAGCAACUGCAGUUACUUGAGUCAAACAUGGAACCUCGAACGCGGAAGCGUCAUUUAAAACGCUGCCACAACACGCCGUCCUCACACAACACCACUAAUGGCGGCGGUAUAACUCAGGACAGACGGAAACAAAUUUUUCGACGUGGAGGCAGAGUACACUUGGCGGACGGAACAGUACAACGAGUUGAGUGUCUUCAGCUAGAGGACUUUAUUCAGAGCUGGAGGACUCGUGCUACUGCCGAAUGUCGGGAUACUGCAGAUAUCAGUCUCUGUUGGGCCCUUAUACAGGGUAUAGAAGCCGGUGCGACCGCCCGGGAUGUGCGAAUCCUCUUCAGGGUCCAGGAAUUUCUCAGGAGCAGUGCUCACGGGUUAGGACUCCGUGAAGGACUCACUGAAGAGCAACAUGUAAGUCAUAGCAGCAAGUCUGUAGAUGGGAAUCAUGAGGUGGAUAUUUACGCGCUUCUCAGCAGGAUAUUAAAGCAACUGAAGUGUAACUGCAGUCUCAAGCUUUCAUAA